AUGAACCAGGGCAGCUUCAGGAUAGGUACCAGACAAUUUCACGUAUCCUGCUCACUAUUUGGGUCGCAACUUAGAAACAAACUAAAGCAUUUUGAGAGACAGAACAAAGUUAUAAGACGGACACCGGUGGAACAAGAAAGAGAGGCUGCAAGACAACGAUUGAAGCUCAGGAAACUGAACAAAACAGCGUAUUCCAAACAGCAUGCGGAACAUAUUCUGAAAAACAAAUACAAAGUAUCCGAUGCUUCUCUGACUGCGUCUACUUUGGGGCCAACAAGCAGUUCUGAUGUUCAAUUUCUGAAGCUAGCCCAUGACAAAAGGAUGCAGUUCACUAUUCUGGGAAUAACAGGCGAACAAUUGCGAGAUUCGAAACUGGUGGCUGGCGAUGUCUCAAAAUUUCUGGCUCGAGGACAGUUGGAAAAAGCUGUGUUUUUGGCACGAUUAGCGAAAAGCCGUGGAAUAGUGGGGAUGAACAAGAUCAUGGAACAUUUUUGUCGAAAGCUGCAGGACGGGAAGUCUGCGAUCGAUUUAUACAUUUGGAGAAAAAAGUGGGGUAUACCGCCCAAUGAGUUUACAGCAACGAUAUUGUUAGAUGGACUGGCAAAAUCAAGAGAGCCAUUGGCUGAUAAACAAGCGCAGCGGGUGUUGAAGAUUUCAAUGCAACUGAUUGACAAUAAUUCCAUGAAUCUCAUCGAGUUCAACGCAGCUUUGAAUGCAUUGCUCAAUAGCAGAGAUCAGGAGUGUGUGUUCCAACUUUUUGACGCAAGACCGAAGGGCUUGGUAAGCGACGCCAUUACCUAUACUACGUUGCUUCGAAGUGCGGCUAAGAUCAGCAGCGACGAUUUGUGUUUACAAAGAGUCGACGCAAUUAUGGCUACUGUACCCAAGCGAUUCUUGGACGCGCAGCUUAUGCAUGACUAUUGUCGAGUUUGGCAUUGUCGCUCCGAUAAGAAACUGUCGUCCGUUGCUGCAUCAGCAAUUUUCAAGUAUUUUGAGCUCGAAAACAUUUCUUUCGAAAGCACAAUUGCAAGUGGUGUUACCUUGCCCGACUUGCAGUACUGGGAUGUGCGUAAAAGGUUCAAGGCUAAUGGAUUCGUGAUAGAGCUUUUGCUGGAUAACUUCGUCAAGAAUGGGAAUUAUGUGCUCGCGUGGAAGAACUAUCAAGAGUUGGUCGUUCAAAAACCGCACUUACUAACACCUCCUGCGUUCGAGAAGGUGAUCAGAAUCGUAACUGCCGGAUUUCCCAAUAAAUGCAGUUCAAUGGCAUUACAGGUUUUCGAACAGUUGGAAACGCGUCACAAAUUCAACAAGGCCAGCAUGUUUUUGGUUUAUAAAGCUUUUGAAAGACAAGCAGGUAGAAAAUUUACGAAUGAAAACCCUUCCAAAGCCAGUGAAUUGGUCCACAAUCUGUUCGAGUUUGCCACAAAAUACGAAGCACAUUCAUCUAGCAAAGCCCUGGAUUGGAGGGCGUGGAUGUUUUGUUGGAAUGUUGUCAGGAAGGCUAACGAGAAGCGAAUACUCGACAAGCAGACAUCUCAAUGGAUUGUGAAUCAAUACAUCGAUACUAUACUGUCAGGGCAAAUGAGGUUGGGCAAUGUGAGCAAAGAAGAUUUCGCAGGGCUGAGACAUGUCAACAUCGAAAGUGUCAGAUUUUUAGGAACAGUCGCAGAUAUGUUCAAGAAUUCCCAGCAAUCAGUUGAGCCUGUGGAAGAAGGAAUAGAGCGGGAAAACUUUCUGUACAGGAGGCUUCUCUUCAGACUGAAAGAUAGAAUUUUGGAGUAUGUUGCUAUCUUAGAAGGAAAAACGGGUGUUCCCGAAAGUGUGGAAGAGUCUUUGAGGCAAACUGCUCACAAAUUAAAAGCUACUAGGAUACCUGUCGCUAUCAAAGAAGCUCCAGAGUCAGGAAUUUUGAUGCGACAGGAACACAGUCUAUAG